UUCAAAUUAUUAAAUCACAAACUUUCUUUUUGAGAAUAAAAAAAAGAAAGAACGCUUUCAAAUGAUUUCUUCGCAAGUUCGUAUCAGUAAUGUACUAAUGGUUGUCUGCAAUUGUUAAUAUUUAAAAAACAACCAGGGAAUUCAACCUGUAGCGUUUGGAUCAUGUUGCCGUCCGAAUCAACGACUCCCAAUACGCAUCCCAUGAAUCCAAACUCCUCCUUCUCCGUGAUGAAAAGGUACAGGAAUGGUGAAAUCUGGGAUUUUGAGCAUGAAAUGGCUGUGGCCAGUAAUAGGCAAGUGAUCCUAGGAUUGGACGGCGGAACCACUAGCACUGUCUGUGUUUGUAUGCCGAUUUUUCCCUUCAAAGGACCCCUCCCCGACCCUCUUCCUGUACUGGCUCGUGCUACUGCCGGGUGCUCCAACCACAAUAGUGUUGGCGAAAUUGCUGCAAGGGAGACAUUAGAGCAAGUUAUGGCAGAUGCACUAGCAAAGUCAAAUUCGAAUCGAUUUGCGGUUCAAGCUGUUUGUCUUGCAGUAUCGGGUGUUAACCAUCCAAAAGAUCAGCAAAGAAUACUAAAUUGGCUCAGAGAUAUAUUCCCCAGCCAUGUAAGGCUGUACGUUCAGAAUGAUGCUGUGGCAGCUUUGGCAUGUGGAACAUUGGGAAAGCUUCAUGGAUGCGUAUUAAUAGCUGGUACAGGGACCAUUGCAUAUGGAUUCACUGAAGAUGGCAGAGAAGCUCGGGCUGCUGGUGCAGGUCCUAUAUUAGGUGAUUGGGGAAGUGGAUAUGGAAUAGCUGCACAGGCAUUAACUGCAGUAGUAAGGGCCUAUGACGGUCGUGGUCCGCAGACGAACCUUACGACUAGUAUGUUACAAAGGCUUGGUCUUUCUUCUCCAGAUGAACUCAUCGGGUGGACAUAUUUUGAUCCAUCUUGGGCACGCGUUGCGGCACUAGUUCCAGUUGUUGUAUCUUGUGCAGAAGCAGGUGAUCAGGUUGCAAAUAAGGUUUUGCAUGAUUCAGUUGAGGAGCUAGCGUUAAGUGUGAAAGCUGUUGUUCAAAGACUCAAUUUAUGUGGUGAAGAUGGUGAAAAUCCCUUUCCUCUUGUCAUGGUUGGGGGUGUUCUUGAAGCCAAUAAGAGAUGGGAUAUUGGUGAAGAAGUCAUAAAGUGCAUCUCUAGGGACUACCCUGGGGCGUUAGCUAUUCAUCCGAAGGUGGAGCCUGCGGUCGGUGCAGCACUACUGGCUUGGAAUUUCUUGAUGACAGAAUCCCAAAACUAAGCUUAUAGAAGUUGUCUAGUUGCAACUCAUUCUUCAAUUGUAUAGUGGCAAGGACAUGAAGCUUUCUUCUUUAAGUCAACUAUAUGUCUUAACCACCUCAACUGAGAGGUUAUUGGCACGUGAGGCUUACUUGGUAAAGCAUAAAUUGUUACGGUAGCCUAGUGUUUAGCAGGCCUUUUUCUUUGUUUUUUGUUGGAGAUAAUUUUCUUAUUGAAUCCAGAGAGUGUUCAAUACUUGCGCUAGCAUCUGCGUUUAACUUGUAUACAAUUUCCAUGAUUUAUAGUGAAAAGCUCGGUUGCAGCUUGUCUUGCAAUGCAGAUCAAA